AGAUAUUUUGUUCCUUCCCAAACUGCUUCCUCUUUUCGCGUAGUCCCACCUGUUUCGUUGAUCACCCCUCUCUCUCUCUUCCCCUCGCAAAUCCCCUUCUCGCAGAAAACCCUAAUCUCCCCCAAUUUUCCAUCACCUUCCAAAUCCCAAUCAACCAUGUCUGCAGCUCUCGACAUGACCCUCGACGACAUCAUCAAGAAGAACAAGAAGUCCGCACCCUCCAACCCUAGAGGCCGCAACCGAGCUCCCGGAUCCGGACCCGGCCCCGCUCGCCGCAUUCCCAACCGCGCCUCCAAUCGCGCCGCGCCGUACGCCGCCCCUAAGGCACCGGAGACGGCGUGGGGGCACGACAUGUACGCAGAUGAACCCGUGCAGGUGGCAGCGUUUCCAGGGCAUGGUGGUGGUCGAGCCUCUUCCAUCGAAACGGGGACCAAGCUCUACAUUUCCAACUUGGAUUACGGUGUUUCCAGUGAUGAUAUCAAGGAAUUGUUUUCUGAAGUUGGUGACCUGAAACGGCAUACUGUUCAUUACGACAGGAGCGGGAGAUCGAAGGGUACUGCAGAAGUAGUCUUCUCACGACGAGGUGAUGCUGAAGCUGCUGUGAAGAGAUACAACAAUGUUCAACUAGAUGGGAAGCCGAUGAAGAUAGAGAUUGUGGGCACAAACAUUACUACACCUGCUGUUGCACCUGCUGCAAAUGGAGCUUUUGGAAAUUCAAAUGGUGUUCCUAGAAGUGGACAAGGUAGAGGUGGGGCAUUUGGAAGGCUGCGUGGUGGUGGUGAUGGAGGACGAGGGCGUGGCAAUCGCAGAGGAAGAGGACGAGGACGAGGGCAUGGAAGGGGUCGUGGUGAAAAGGUAUCUGCAGAAGAUCUUGAUGCUGAUUUGGAGAAGUAUCAUGCUGAGUCAAUGCAAUUAAACUGAAGAAUCACCCAUGUUCUGUUUUCUUGCUAUUACCUUUCCGGUCUUUAAGGGCAUGGUGAUGGACACUGCCUAGUUAUGUAUUUUUAUCACAGACACUUUUACAGAAAGGGGAAAGCUCUUGGAGUGAAAACUUUUACCAAUGAUACAUGUAGUUUGGGAUUGUUAGCAAAUAUUUAUUUUCAUUGGGUAUGAUAUGACUAUGAAACAUGGGUGAAGAGACA